GUGUGAUUGUGGGCUAAACUGAAUGUUUUGUGAGCGCAAGUGUUUACUGUUUAGUAACUCAACGUAUUCAUAAAAAAAAUUAAUACAGUCAAAACGCGAGUGUACAUAUUAUUAAUUAAGAGAAAAUGAAACAGUGGUAAAUAGAUAAACAUUGGUUUAGUACGCCAACUCCGUAAUCGUAAAUUAUAAAUAAUUAUUUGUAAGUGUUUAUUCCAUAAAUAAAAGGAAUUUUGUUCGUGUGAUAUUAGUGUUGAGUUAAUUUUGUUCUGUUAGUGAAAUAUUGUGAGUACGAUGGCUGAUAAAGAUGACUAUUUGACUUCUUAUCGGGAGUUCUUCGAGAAUUUCGCGGCGACCGUCGACCCCGAGGAUCAGUUGCCAGUGAACAUAGCGGGCUAUACAAUAACAGAGGCAGAGUUGCCGGGCGAAGUGUUAUAUUGGACCACCCAGUAUUUGACUGAAAAAGAAUGUCCCCUCACACUGAUGACCCAUUUGCAGAGGAUAAUACUUGACGAGGUGCGGAUCGCAGCCAAAAAACAUCCCAACGAAUUCGGUUACAACUCCGAUGAAUCAGAGUACAUAGCCCUCCGACUGAUGCAAGCAGUGACAGCACGAGUCAACGACGUGUGCUUGCGGUACCUUGACAACGCCCGGCUGGACUCUCUGCCGCCGCCGCCACCGCAAUCGUUCAAAGAGUUCAAGACAUUCUCCUCGGCCACAAAAAACUCGCGGAGAGCAAUGGAAGACAGGCACGUCGAGAUCGGCAACUUGGAAGCACUGUUUGGAAUCGAGACGACAGAACCCACCAGUUUCUACGCGGUGUACGACGGCCAUGCGGGGUCCGCGGCGGCGACAUACUGCGCCGCGCACCUCCACCAGUACCUAGUAGAGAGCCCCCACUUCACCAGAGACCUGCGACUGGCGACGCAUGACGCCUAUUUGAGGACCGACGCUGAGUUUAUUAGGAAAAGUAAUCAAAAGAGAGCAUCAGGCGGCAGCACUGCGGUGUCGGUGGCGGUGCGCGGGCGGCGGCUGGUGGCGGCCUGGGCGGGCGAUUCGCUGGCGCUGCUCGCCAAGCGCAUGCGGCUCAUGCAGCUCGUCAACCCGCACAAACCGGACCGACCCGAUGAAAAAGAACGAAUAGAAUCGUCAGGGGGCACAGUAAUGUUCUGGGGCACCUGGCGAGUCAACGGACAGUUAGCUGUCUCACGUGCCAUAGGUGACGCGCAAUACAAGCCCUACGUGACGGCGCGCCCGGAGAUGGUGGUGGUGGAACUGGACGGUGACGAGGACUUCGUGGUGGUGGCGUGCGACGGGCUGUGGGACGUGCUGAGUGAGGACGCCGUCGCCUUGUCCGUCUACAAGCAGCUCAUGAGCGAUCCCGAUGACUUGAAGGCGGUGCCCAAGAAUCUGGUACGGCAGGCGAAGAGGGACGGCUCCGAGGACAAUAUCUCAGUUAUCGUGGUGUUCCUGAAGGACCCGCGUGAUAUCGUCGCCGAUAACUGCCCGCCCAUGGACCUUGGGCUGGACAACCCGGUGGUGAACGUACCACCGUUCGCCUUGGAGAAUGAAGCUUGCAAAGUGGUCGCCGCCGAGACGGGUGGUGGAGACUGCGCCGAGGGCGGAGACAACGGUGUCUCGGACAGCGAUAGCGACGACCUGGGCCCGGAGACCGCGGUGGACGCAGAGCUGGACGUAGACGACGACGCCGAGCUGCGCGACGAGCCCGCGCCUCCCACGCCGCCUGCGCACGCUGUGGAAGCGAGCCACGUCGACGGCAACCUGGUGGAUAAUGUAGCGGAGAGCGGCGAGGAGUCCGAAGACGAGUGGAACUAUUUCAAGGGAGAGGGCGAGCGGGAGCAGGUCCCCGCCGACGACGCGGACGAGCCUCCACGGUCCGACACGCCGGGUCAAGACAAUUCUGCCUGGGAAAGUAGUUCAGUAGACAUGAACAGUUCCCCACUGAACCCCGACGCGCCAGUGUUCGUGCCGGGCAGCGUGGCCGGCUCCGAUGUGCUGCUGGCACAGUCUCCGAGGAAGCCCAUGCCCAUGGAUGACAUCGAGCUGCCCGACGGCAACCAGUUCCAGAGUGAAGCGGUCGUUCGACCAGCUGAAUUGCAGGACUUAGAUAAUAGUGAUCACCUUAACGGACACCAUAACAUAUCAAUGGAAGGUGUAAUACAACAUCUAAAUGGGAAUGAGAAGAAUGAGAUGGACAGCUUAGGUUUUGGCUUUAAUGUUGGAAUUGAACAGGAGAAGAUAAAAGAUAACGGAAUAUUACAAGAGUUUGAAAGAAUACAAAAGGACACUACAGAUUUUUGUAACAUUCAGGUGUUCCAAGCAAAUACAGAAACAAAUCCUUUCAACACAGAGGGGGAUGAUGAAUUAUUUGAAAGACUUAAAAACAAGGAAAGGGAUCCUAUGAGUAUGAGCUUUUAUCAGGAAAAAGAUGAUGAUACUUGUGAGCGCUUUGGGAAACUGGGGCCCAGUGUUGAUCUCAAUGCAGUGCAACUUCUUCCAGACAGUGAUGAUGAAGAUAUGCAACCAAACGGCAUAUAUCAAAAUGAAGACAAAGAAAAUGUGUGUCCUAGUGAGAAAUCAAACUUUUUCAAUCUAGAAGAUGGACAAGAACCAAAUAAUGAUAUAAUGAGGUUUGAUGAUGUGUCUGCUGAAAAUGUAGCAAAUAAUAUUACGAAUUUAGAUAAUUUCAUGGAUUUCAAUGUUAAUAACACAAAUAAUGUACAGAACUAUUCCAAUGCCGAGUUCGAAUGUAACGUUCAACAGGAUGUCGUCCAGACAGACACACCUGAAUCUCACAAGCUUCUGUUUGAACAAAUACCAGAAAUACCAGAUGGUAAAAGUUCAGAACUAGGUUUUACAAAUGAAGACUUAUUGGACCCUUCAGAGAGUGAUAAAGAUGCGCGAGCUAUCACACCACAGGAUGAGACCUCACAGGAUAUUGAAAUGGAGAGCAAACUUGAGGAGUCACCAACAGAAGAAGUCCAAGCAGAAAUAUCAGGUGAAAUUAAAGAUGAUCUGGUGCAAUCAGAUCAGCUGGAAGUUUCAGAAACUAGUGGCCAAAUUGAACCUCUAGAUAACAUUGAAAAUGACAUCACAGAAUCAGAGACAUCUCCAGAAUUAGAAGAAAAGCCAAUAGAACAGUACUCCAACUCUUCAGAUGUAGCUCAAGGAAAUGUCAUAGUUGAUGUCCAUCAAAACCCUGAAUCUGAGUUCAACAAUUUCGAUGACUUUGAAGCUGGUGAGAAACAAGAUGUAGCCGAUGAAAGUGUUAAAGAAUCAUCAGAAUUUGAUGUAGAUACUGAGAUCAGACUAGAAACUGAACAGGACACAGACAAUUUAGAAGUGCCAGCAUCUCAGAUGUUGAGCGCUUCACCGAUACAUUCCCCAGCGCUAAGCGAGCCUUUAUUACUCAGUGAUUCUCCUGUGUGCACUUCACCCAGUCCUAAAGAACCUGAGUUGCGGGAGUCCCCGCUGCCUCAAGAUACAUGUCUGCCCGAAAGUUCUCCACUGCCUCAAGAAGAAUUGUCCGCACUUCGAGAAUCUCCAUACCCUCAAGAGUCGCUACUGCCCAGUGAGUCACCACUGCCCAGUGAGUCCCCCUUACCUACUGAAUCACCAGUUCCCAGUAAGGCUCAUGUCGAUCUAGAGUCACCUCUUGCAAAAUCACCUCUUCCCACAGAGUUAGAGGUUUCAGAGUCAAAUGCACCAGCACAAUCACCUUUGCUGUCUCAAUCUCCUGAACCACAACCACAGUUACCCAUACAAGAUAAUCUUGAGGCCCUAGCACCGGCUGAGAUUCCACUUCCUCAGGAAUCGCCACUACCCUCAGAAUCACCUUUACCAGACGAUGCACAUCUUGUUGAAUCAACACAUCUUAGUGAAGUGUCACAACCUAAAGAAACACUCUUAUCUGAAUCACCAUUACCUCACGAAAUCACAAAUAACGAACAAUCGUUAGCCCUUGAAUCACAAACAGAGUCUCAAAUUGAAUCACAAAUUGAAUUGCAAUUAGAAUCACAAGUUGAGCCUCAAAUAGAAGCACAAAUUGAGUCUCAAAUAGAAACACAGUUAGAUUCGCGACUAGAGUUUGAACAAGAAGCAACAGUACCAGAUGAAAUAAAACUAGAAUCUCCUCUUCCAGUUGACAAUGUUGAUCUAGAAGAACCGACUGUUAGUUCACCUCUUCCUGUAGAACAAAAGAUUGAGGAGUCAUACAUUAGUGAUCAACAUAAAGAAUUUUCAGAUUUCGCGCAAGAAGCAACCGAAACAAACAAUCAGCCUUCCAGUGAAUCUCCAAUGCCAAUAGUAACGUUAGAAGUGGAGGAACCUGUACAUAGACAUAUCGAUUCACCUGUGUGUGAACCGCUUAGAGAUUCGCCCUCACCUGUCGAGCCACUAGCAAAAUCGCCUUUGCCUGUUGAAACUGUCAGGGACUCUCCUUUGCCUGUUGACGCGGUUAGAGAAUCACCUUUACCUGAUGAACCAGUCAGAGAUUCGCCUUUGCCUGUCGAACUACCGUCAAUUGAAAUAGAACAGGAACGACCUGAAAGUAUCUCGCCAGCGCCCGUAGAAAAUACCCCAGAUGUGAGUGCAACGAUAGCCGAGACAUGCAAUAUUGAAGUAACAGAACAGACAACAGUGGCAGAACCCAUCCUACAAGUGGAAGCGAUCCCGCCGGUCGAAGAAAUCGCGGCUGUCGAGUCUUCUGCUCCUUUAGUCGAGUCAGAUUUUGAAAUUAUUCCUUCUCAGGAGCCCGAAAUGAAACAAAUAGCAGAAAUCAGUGCUCCGACACCCGACAUCGUGCCCGAAGAACGACCGCGCAACGAACUAGUCACAGAUAUAGAUAUUGGCAUUCCCGAGUCGAGGGCGCAGGAGAUAUGCGUGCCCGUCACUAGCGAGAUCCAACUCGAGGAUGCGGUGCGGCCCGGAGCCACUCCGCCGCCCACGCCCGCCGUCAGCGACGCGCCCAUCGCGGCAGCCAUCGCCGCCACGGCCGCCGCCGCAGUCGCCGCCACGGCCGUCGCCGCGACCGCCGCCAAACCGAGCUCGCCGAAGAAGUCGCCGACGUCACCUACCGCGAAACCCGACCCGAAGGCUACGCCUAAAUCGACCGCAGCCCGAACACCAGCAUCGACCAAACGCGCCGCCCCUGCGACUCCCGCGGCGCGCACCCCGACCACGCCGGCCGCCCGCGCUCCCGCCGCGCGCCCCUCCAGCGUCAAAGCGUCGCCUGCCGCCCCGCGCUCCGCCACCAAACCGGCCGCGUCGCCCCUCAAGUCAGCAGCCGCGGCCAAGCCAUCCCCUGCCGCCGCCAAGCCCGCCGCGGCUCUCACUGCGAAACCCGCGCCCCGACCUGCCGCGGCACCCAUCUCGCGAACAACCGCGGCCCCGCGGUCUGCGCCGGCCCCGAGACCGGCUCCAAAAGCCCCGGCGCCGAAGCCUGCCACGGCAGCGCCUAAAGCAGCGCCUGCAGCGCCUAAAGCAACGACAGCGACGUCGAAACCAGCGCCGCGACCUGCGUUGUCAGCGAGGCCGCCCGUCAGGAGCACCGCGAGCGCGCCGGCAGCCAAACCCAAGGAAGUGAAACCUAAGGCGCCCGCGGCUCCGGCGCCCUUGACCAACGGAGACGUGAAGGCGAGUGCCAAGGCGCCGCCCACGACGAAAGCUCCGAGCGCGCGCCCUGCGCCCCGCCCCGCGCCGCGCCCCGCCGCGCCCGCCACAGCUGCCGCGCCUGCCAGAGCCGCAGCGCCCAAGCCCGCGGCGCGCGCCGCCCUGGACAAGCAGAGCAAGGACCUCGCCAACAAGCGCAUCACCGCCAAGGCUGCGCCCCCGAGGACCGCCACCACCAAGGCCCCGGUCGGCAUCAAGGGCACGCGGGUCACCAAGAAGCUUGACAACAAGAAGGAAAGCGAGAAGCCCUUGACCAACGGCACGAGCGACGACAAGGCGCCGCCGAGCCCGCCCGCCGACGCACUGCUGCCCGACGUCAUCGCGUAGGCGGCACUACAACGAUUCCUAUUAUUUUCCGCUUGAAUUUUGUGAUUUUCUAUAAGUGUAUCAUAGUUUUAAGCUGUACGCACAUUACAGCGCGCGCAAAACUGACACAAUGCGGUGCGCUCAUUUCACUGACGCCAAUACGUUGUACUUCUGAUAUGCGAUGAUGUUCAGAGUCAUAAUAAAAAUCACCGUACAGUGAAUGUUAUCGGUAUAUUUAGUAAUUAACACAGCGUACCGAGAUAUGACAAGGCAAAUAAUUCUCAAUUUUUUGAACGCGUGCUGUAAUGUGUGGGCAGCAUUAAAGUCGCUCGUAGCGGCUAGUCGUUAGGUGCGGGAGGCGUCUCCCAUUUUUAUAUUAUAGACUUCGGCUUUUAGUGUACGAGUAUGUAAGAAUACGUUGCGAAGAGCGGGAGCGGGCGGGGCGGUGCGCGGCGCUGCGGUCGGCGCGCGGCGCACCGCCCCGCCGCGGUUAUUAUCCACUAAGUUGAACGCACAUUGCCGCAACGCCGCACGCGCGCCUGUGCGACAAUGUGCGACAAACUUUAAUCCAUUAUUAUGAGAAUUUUUAUAUUACCAACGAAUGAUUGAUUUUAAAUCUGCCUUUUAAUUUAUCGUAUUAUUUAAAUAAUAAAAAUGUGAAGAAGGACUGA